CCAGGGGCCCCUGGGCCUCAGCGGGGCGCGGGACCCUAGUGGCCCCUGCGGGCGUCGCCUACGCGGGCCGGGCCUGGCGGCCGUUUCCCUCCGCUCGGGGCUGCGGGGCGGGGUCUUCCCGGCUUGCGCUGCCCGGGCGCGUCCUCGGGCCGGACUUUGCGCCAGCCAGCGCCUGCCGCUGCACUGCGAAGGGCGAGCCGCGUCCCCGCCGCGGCGCGGGGCUCUCAGCGGGCGGGCUGCGGUCGCGCGGGAGAAGCAAAUGCCUUGAGCGUCUCUCCCCCGGCGCGGCGCGGCGCGGGGCGGGACCCUGGCACGGGGAGCCCGUACGGGCGGAGAGAGGGGCAGCUGGCCGGUUCCGUGCAGUCAUGGCUUGGCCGGCGUAUUGGGUGGACGAGAUGCAGUGGUUUACCCUGGUCACUCUGUUUGUGGCUGCCCUGGUCACUCUGGCCAUCUACCUGGUGCAAUAUGCUCUGGUGGCUCUGCGGAACAGCCGGAGGGAACCGCCGUCGUCGGAUGAACUUCUGCAGGGAAAUGACACCCUGUUGGCCUGGGUGCUGUCUCUGAACAGCUGGAGGACCCAGUGGCAGAAAGCUUGGAUAACAGCCCUGAAUGCAGAAGCCAAAGUGAGAGGGGAUUCAUUGUUGCUUACAUUUGAAGAAGACACAACUCCUCAGCCACUGGAGCUAGCAGUUAGACGGGUUGUAAGUGUUGUAAAGUCAGCCCAAGAGAAGGUGGUUUCUUGUAAUGUAGUGGGAGACUCCAUUCAAUUUAUUGUUCAUGUGUCACAUACUUCACCUACUACCACAGAAUGUCAGUCGUACAGUGUGAAACUGUCUCCACUUCACUUACAGCUGGAACUCUAUCUGAAAGAGAAAGGAGAAGACAUUGAAGUUGUGUGGUCCUUCCUUAAUGCUCCCGAAACUAAUAUUAAAAUCCAGCCAACAGCAGUGCAGGAGGGCCAGAUGGCUGAGACAUGUGCAAUAUCUGAGCCGUUCAGAGAUGUUUUCCAGAAUCUAAUUAGUUUAGUUUCACCAUCUGUAAUCUUGAGUACAAAACCUACAGAUGUAAUAAAGGAGGUACAGAAUAUACAAAACAUAAGAACUCUCCCCCAGGGCACCAGCCCUCCGAAACCUCCCAGGGUUCAUGAGCUAAAACUGCUAGUGAAGAACAUUGUAGCCACACUGACUGAUCACAGUGCUGCAGGCAGCAUAAAUCCAGUGUGUAUAACUCAGUUGAAUGAUCCUCUGCAGAAAUUUUCCAGCUCUGUAGCCAAAAAUGGCACUAACCUCUCUUGGAAAGAGGAUUUCAUCUUUGAAUUAAAUGCCAAAUCAAAAGAGUUACAACUGCAGAUCUUGGAAGAUGGGAAAUUGGAUAGUUCUUUUUCAGCAUGGGCAACUGUACCUUUAGACUUGUUCAGGAAACAGCCUUCUGGACAACAAAGCUUUGCACUGAAGAGCAGGUCCAACAGCCAUAGCCCUGUGUUAGGAUCGAUCAAUGCAGAGUUCUCUUACGUGGAACCUAAUGAGUCAAAAUCCUGGCAAGUUCCUGCUCAGCUUCCUGCCACAAAAAUAGAAAAGGAGUGCACUGUAAUGCCUUGUGGGACUGUAGUCACUACUGUCACUGCUGUGAAAACCAAACCUCGACUCGAAGGGAAACCUUCUGCACUGAGCCCAGAUUCUCCUGUGAAAACGCCAGCUAAAGUGAAGGUGAUUGAAAAGGAUUUCUCAGUUCAAGCAAUCCAUUGUCAAGGUGCUCCGGUCAGCAAAGUGUUAUCCUCUUCAGAUACAGAGCUGCUGGUGUUGAAUGGCACUGAUCCAGUUGCUGAAGCAGCCAUUCGACAGUUAAGUGAGUCUGCAAAGCAGAAGCUGAAAUCUCCAAGAAAGAAAAGCACCAUUAUCAUAUCAGGAGUGUCCAAGACCUCCUUAUCUCAGGACAGUGAAGCUACACUGAUGAUGGACUAUGCAGCAGCCAUGGAUGACUCAUGUAAAGAGGAGGCUCCUUCCUUGGUGGGGGAGCCUACCACAGAAGUCCCCUCCAAUAAAAAACUACCACUAUCUGCUUCACAAAUGCUACCUGCAACUGACCUAGAGGAAAAUAGCCAUAAUGUGUGGGACUUGGAUAACAGCAGCCAACAAUGGAACAGCAAUGCAAUUUUAGACCAGGACUGUGAAGAGAUGACCGGGAGUUCAUUAAGUGUCUCGGAAUCUGGGAGUGUGAAAAAAUCUAAAGGUGGAAUUUUGAAAAAAAGUGCAAAGCUGUUUUUCCGUCGGCGGCAUCAUCAGAAGGAUCCAGGAAUGAGCCAGUCGCACAAUGACCUUGUUUACCUGCAGCAGCCAACGUCUGAUGAAACACGAAGGAAGGGAGCAACGCUAACACGCAUCCUUCACAAGAAAAUUCUUUCUAAGAACAAAAGCAAGAAUAAGCUGAAUUGCACUUCCAUGGAGCCAUGUGUAUAAAACCUAAUGCUCUCUGAAUGAUACUUGCACAUCAAUUGAUCAGCUGUUUACAAAACCAUACUAGAAGAUGUAAACACAGAUUGUGACAUGCAUAAAAUGAUAUUCACAAAUGCAGUGGUUCUGGAAUAAGCAGACAAAGCUUGGCUUCCGUUUUUCCAAAACACUUUUUUUUUUUUUUUUAAAAGCCUUUAAGCAAGAAGAAUCCCGUCCUCACCAGCCUACCCCUAGCAUAAAUAGUGUUGAUUGUAUGAUGACAGCAUGUUCCCCGCCUCCCCACCCCAAUCCAAGUUGUCACUCUGCAUUCAAUCCUGAUUUGCAGAAGGUUUGAAUCUACCACUCCUAGUGAUGAUAUUUUUAUUUUGGGGGGGAUGGGGGUAGAGAAGAUGGGUCGUACUGUAGAAGUGGUGUGACUGGGGAGGCUCACCUUUUUUUUAGAAUAUUAAAUCUAGUUUACAUUUAACUUCUAGACAACAUGACUUCUUGGUUUCCAGAUAGAUGACUGGACUACUGUGAAGAGGUAAUGUACCACUGUGGUUUUUGCUUCUGUAAUAUGAAACAAUAGUAGCAGUGCAGAUCUCAACUUGGGUUUCUAGACAUGCUGAAAGUGGAAGCCGAGAGACCCUGAUCUGGUUCCUGUUGUAAUUUGGAAACUGCUUUGUUUCUGAAAAAGUAAAUUAAAUGUUGAUUAAGACAUCCUGCUGUAAUAACUGCUAAAUCAGUGUAGAUAGACAUGUACCUUUGAUAUUAGCCAUAAUGAUGAUUAUGCAAAUACGUAUCCUAGAAUAUUUAAUUCUGUGCAUAUAUUAUGCUAAAAACCCUUUUUUUCUAGGUUUACUUUGUUCCCACUUGCAAACAAAGUAUUUAAAAGAUCUUACUGUUACUUUUAUUUCCCCACUAUAUGAGAAGCUAAAAGUGCUAAUGCAAAAGUUAUGUUGGGGACUCUACUCCCUUAUCUACAGUACUUUGUAGACCAGUAUACUAGCAAUCGUAUCAAAAGCAAAGUUAGGAGCAAUAAAUUUUGUGUAGAUCACAUUUAAUCCUACUUAGAUUUGUAUUAGUUCAUGGUCUGAUUUGCCAGUUACCAGUAGCCUGGAAAACAGAAUUUUUGAAAAGUUUCUCUUUCCCCUCCUUCAGUUACAAGUUUACAAGUUUUGUCCUAUGGUAAGGGAGUUUUUUGGUUUGUUUGGGUUUUUAGUGUGUGUUUAAAAUACAUUGCAGUUGGCUCCUUUCUUUAAAA